AUGGCCAAGGAAAACAUUCUCGAUAAAUUCACGGUCUUCGAUCUAUUGAAUGGCGCCUCACCAGACUUGUCAACGGAAGAGCGAUUGCGUCCGUGGCGACAUAAUCGGUCCCAUUCGUUUCGCUUGCCACUUCUAAGAAUUUGGGACACGUUUUCUGGGAGUCAGCCCGACGAACACAAUAAAAUGAACUCCAGAGCGCCGAACAAACGUCUUGACAACAUCGAAUCUCGGCGAACUUCUUUAGCCACGCACAUCAACCACGAAGAUUGGAUGCCAACACCUUUCGUCUCAUUUACAAGCUCGCCAGCAGCAGUAAAUGAGUUGGCGGAAUGGAGAAAAUUGAGGAGGGGAGACCAGACUCUCACAGCCAUAGACCCCAGUAUUCGUAUAAGUAACGGACUGCCUAUCUUGGACCUCGCUGCUGAAAUGGAGCACUACGACAUUUCGAAUCCAUACGGCAAGAAGGACCAAUACUGCAUCGACCACUAUGUUUGUCUCUGGCAAGUCACAGAGGAUGAGAUAAUUAGUCACUGGAAGUGGGACGAGCUUGCUGCGUCUGAGAACUGGUACGAAGACAUUGUUAUGCCCGCUUUUCAGAACUUCAGUCAGAGUUCUAUUCCGAAAGCUGAAGAUUCUGACCUGUCAAAGAUCAUGGAUAGACUUAGCCUGCAUGACGAAUCGCCAGAUGCAGCGAGCUAUCUCAGCGAAGUGCCAGGUACAUUGAGCGUAGGACAUAAUUGUUUCUCUGAGAACGAGUUCUGGGUGUCGGACAAUAGCGCUGACGAGGGAUGCUACUAUGACGGAGAGAAUGAGGACUGGGACACCGACGAUGAAGUUGAAUAG